UGUGCAGCUUGCAGUAGGGUUGAUAAGUUCUUGAUUCGUUUUUAUUUGUGUCUGUUCAAGAAUGCUUCUCUUGUUUUUAAAUCUUUUUUGAUAAAUGAAAUAAAAUAUUGCACUUUAUUGAUGUGAGUCAGUCCAGAGUUUGAUACCGUUGCAUCUCAGACAGCGGCUAACUGCUGGUCACAGAACUUACACCGCAUGAGCACAUGGCAUCUCGGCAACCUUUCACAGAUUCCGACACUGCAGAUGAAGCAGUUCGGACAACUUGCGAUGACGCAUCAACAUGUAAAAGAUUUGCAACUAGUAGAGGCUACUGGUCAGAUCCUUAUAUCCAGUAUUUUGUGAGGACGACAGGCGAACGAAAAGCCCCUGAGAUCAACAGAGGUUAUUAUGCCAGAGUUCAUGGAAUGAACCACCUGCUGGAUGCUUUUCUCAGGAAAACCGAUUGCAACUGUCAGGUGGUGAAUCUUGGUGCAGGGCUAGACACCACCUUCUGGAGAUUAAAGGGUAUGAACAUGAUGCCAAAAAAGUAUUUUGAAGUUGAUUUCCCAAUGAUUGUAGCUAGGAAAAUACACAACAUCAAGACUAAACCACCUUUAUCCAAACCUCUUAUUGAGACUCACUCAACUGACUCUCUUCUGUUUGAUGGCCACAGCCUGGACUCUGACAGAUAUUGCAUCAUCGGCACCGAUCUAAGGGACCUUCCAAACCUAGAGGAGAAGCUGAAGAAAUUUCAAAUGAAUGCUGAAUUACCUACACUGUUCCUGUCGGAGUGUGUGCUGGUGUACAUGACUCCUCAGCACUCCAACAAGCUGGUGCACUGGGUGGCAGACACAUUCCACACAGCCAUGUUCGUCAACUACGAACAGGUGAAUAUGGCCGACCGCUUUGGCCAGGUGAUGGUUGAGAACCUGCUGAGGCGCCAGUGCACUCUUGCUGGAGUUGAGGUGUGCCAGUCUCUGGACUCACAGAAGGACCGCUUUCUGUCAAAUGGAUGGGAGAACGCUGACGCUCUGGAUAUGAUGACGGUCUACAGCCUUUUGCCACAGGACGACAUAGCCAGAAUCGAGCGUCUGGAGUUUUUGGACGAGAGGGAACUGCUCCAGCAGCUUCUUCAACACUACUGCAUCUGCUGGGCGUCCAAGGACAAGCUCAGGCUAGGGCUCUCCCAGGUUGCGUUCUGAUGACCGGCGGCCUUGUAGAUGUCUCAAAGUGCCACACACCCAUGCUGGAUGGGAUGAAGUGUGAGGUCAUCUGAACAAUGGGUUUCCUCUCAAUCCGGCGAUGCUAAAACACGGAAACCACCACAUCAGCAGUUUAGUCGUUUUCUUCAUCUUCUUUGUUGUCUUUUUUUAUGUGGCUUUUGUCUUCCACACCCAUGAAUUUUGGUGUUAUUUUCAUGUUGAAUGAGAUUGGAUCCAACCAUAUCUCAGAUUAAAGCAAUCAUCAUUACUAACUCAUUUUGAGACAAUUUCAGGCACGUGUUUUUAUAAUGUUAUUUAUUUGUAAUGUUUGUGUUAUCUAGAAAGCACUACCGGUAUAUAUUUUCAGACAUCCAGUGUUGCUUAAAUUAUUUGAUUGUCCAAUGCUCUAAUUUUCUUGUAUAUUUUACUGCAUGGUAUUGCUAUUCUGUGGAUACAUUUUGAUAUGGUUAAGAAUAACUACCAUUGCUAAAUUAAAGUAUUGAUAAAAGCAUGAA